CCAGUCAACAACACUAGUAGGCGGAUACCUUUUAACGACGAGAGGCGAUAACCGGUUUCUCAGGGUCUGAUUUUCUGAGUGUUCCACUGCAGACGGGAUGUUUUGACUUUCCACAUUUACCGUCGAUUUUCGGGAUUAUAACACAUUAAAGAGACCCUUUUUUCAGCUGUUAAACCGGAUGUGGAGCUAGCGUUAUCGAGCUAACGGGAUUUAACCGCCGAGCCGUUUUUGUCAGUUACUCCGUAGAUAACGUUAACAACAAGGGGGCAAACAUGUCAGGCGAACCGAUCAUUAUCACGCUGGAAACAGCUUCGGGGACAACGAGUUCAUUCCCCGUGGUUUUGAAGCAGAUAAUGGACAUGCCUCCACCGAAUAUUCUGGACUACGACGACGACACAGACAAGGAAAAGCUGUUACUGGGAAACGAUGUUGACCUUAAUGGAGGAUGCAGCGAUAUGGGUCCUUCAGCCUCCCUGACCCCGGCUAGGGAGAAAACCAUUCCCUAUGAUGGCGAAAACUUCCACCUGGAGUACAUGGACCUUGAGGAGUUCCUCAUAGAUGGCAUCCCCAACUUGCCCGACGUGGACGCCCAAAACAGCAGCCUGGCCGAUGGGAAGACGGUGAAAGGAAAGGCUCCAGCUUCCUCACUGUCCCUGCUUCCCAUUCAGGACUUGGACACGUGUGGGGAGGACAUGCUGAUCAUCACCAAGAGCGACUCUGAUAUCCUCUGUGAUGUAACUGCAGAGGUGACCACUGAUAGUGACCGAGAGACCCCCGAGCCUAUUGACCCCGAUGAGAUCGAGGUGGAGAUGAACUACGAGCCCGACCCCACUGACCUGGUGCUGUCGAGCGUUCCCGGAGGCGAGCUGUUCGACCCUCGCAAACACAAGUUCACUGACGACGAGCUCAAGCCACAACCCAUGAUCAAGAAGGCCAGGAAGGUGUUGGUGCCUGAAGAACAGAAGGACGACAAGUACUGGCACAGGAGGAAGAAGAACAACGUGGCGGCCAAACGUUCCCGUGACGCCCGCAGGUUAAAGGAGAACCAGAUCACCGUCAGAGCGUCGUUCCUGCAGCGCGAGAACUCGGCGCUGCGCACAGAAGUCGCCGACCUGCGGAAGGAGUCCACCCGCUACAAAACCGUGGGGCGCUACGAGGCUAAAUAUGGAGCACUGUAAGGGAACACUAAACAAUGUAGAAGGACAUCUGUACAGCAGACAGUAUCAGUUUACACAUGUAGGGUUAUAAACAAGACCUGAUUGUAAGUUAAAUCCACUGUUACACAUACAGUUAACAACAGGAGAGAAGGAGACACUGAGGCAGAGUUAAACACUUCUGAUAUCCUCACGGGUGAAAUCUGAGCCGAUAGUCGUCGGGCUAAAAAGAAAAAACACUCCUCACCAGAGCAUCAAACACUUCAUGGUGAUGAUGGAUGGGCAUCACUUUUAGACAAAGGAGAGAGAAACUGAACUUGUUCUUUAGAAAACAUCAGAUAUAAUAAUAAUAAUACAUGAGACUUAUAUAGCGCUUUUCUAAAAACUCAAAGACGCUUUGACAGAGA